AUGUAUUUAGAUGUGGAUGGAGGAGCAGUGAAAGUAGAUGGUGCCAAAGGAUCACCUCCGUCAGCUGACUACAAGGUUUGUGCCACAUAUAUGGAUGGGCUCAGGGCGACGGCAGUUUGUCCUGUUGGUGGUCCGAGAGCUGCGGAAAAAGCCAGAAGAACAGCAGAAAGCAUUAUUAAAAGGACCCAGCGAAUUUUCAAACAGCUGGGUUUGGAGGACUAUGCUGAAGUCAACAUUCAAGUUCUGGGUGCUGAGGACACAUAUGGACCACAUGCGGUCGAUACAAGUCCUCGUGAGGCUGUGGUUUGGAUGACUGUCCAUCACAAGCAGAAGAAAGCGCUGGAGCUUUUCUCCAGAGAGGUGGCACCAGCGGGAACAGGCAUGGCUCCAGGACUCACAGCUAUUGUGGGAGGACGACCAAGAAUAUCGCCAGUGCUGAAACCUUUCUUUUUCCUGCACCCCAAAGCAGAUCUGGAGGUGCACAUUCAUGUGAAUGGGGAGCUUGUGGAGACACACAGAGAGGCAGCAUUAGAGCCUUCAUUAGCUGAAGGACACUACCCCUCCCUCCGCUCAGAGGAAAAUAGCCCAACACCCACAGAUCUGCCCUCCGGCCCGCAUACCUUCAGACUGGACGAGUUAGCAUACACGCGCAGUGGAGACAAAGGGGACUCCUCAAACAUCGGGGUUAUUGCAAGACAUCCACUGUAUUUCCCCUACCUGAAAAAGUGUUUAACUGCUGAAGUUGUGGAGCAGUAUUUCCAACAUUUGAUCAGAAAGGAUCAGACUGAUCUACCCUCCGUCAUACGGUACGAACUGCCCGGCAUUCAUGGUCUGAACUUCAUUCUUCCAAACUCACUUGGAGGGGGAGGGGUGGCGUCACUGCGCAGCGACCCUCAGCGCAUCAGCAGCUCUUCAGCAGCUCUUCAGCAGCGCAUCAGCAGCUUUUCAGCAGCUCUUCAGCAGCGCAUCAGCAGCUUUUCAGCAGCUCUUCAGCAGCGCCCAAUAGUCUUUGCGCUAGCGCAGUGACGUCAUGACGGCCCGCUGCUCCUUAGAAUAAAAAGAAGCGGGGAAGUGAAUCCUGAGCAGCACUGCAAA